GUCAAACUGUCCUCUCCAAAUCCUGUCUGUCUCUCCCUCCAUCCAACUUUCCCCAGACCACCUCAUCAACUAACUUUCCUCGAGUCCGCAACCAACUCCGUCAUUACCUGUCGUCCUAUUGCGCCCGCACAACCCCCCAACAACCAACUACUACUACUACUACUACCACCAUAUCCAAUCCACUCCAGUCCUCGAUUCAAACCCUCGAACCUACUACCGCCCUCUCCCUUCCUCCCUCCUAUAACCUCCAUCCCCGAUACUGAUCUCCGUCUCCAUCCAAAAUGAUCACCGACAACGAACUUCACCGCCUAGCCGUCUUCCUCGGCAGCUGCGCCAUGAUGAUGAUCGUGCUGUACCACUUCCUCGACGUCAACGCCAAGGAGGAUUCCGAGGAGGAGGAGAACGUCAAGGUUCCCAAUACGGGAAAUAAGCAGGCUGUGGAGAGUGCGGCGUCGUCAUAGGGUUAUUCGUUGGUUUCGCUGUGGUUUCGUAUUCUGUUUAUGUUUGUUUGUGUGUUAUAAUACUCCUGCUGCUACUACUGCUAUUGUUUGUGUGUGUGUGUGUGUGUGCGUUCAAUUGAGUUGAAUUGAUGCGAGCGAUCGAGGAGGGUGGGGGGAUAAAAUUACAGGACCGACGAGAAGGUUCCCAUGGGAUGGAUGGGAUAGGUGGAUAGGUGGAUACCCCGGUGGUCGCUGUUAAUGCCUGUCUAUCUGUCCGUCUGUCCGCCGGGAGGAAAUAAAGAAGGAUAGAAAUAAGAAGGAUGGCCUAGACUUUUUGAUGUGGGUGUAGAUGUAGAUGUGAUGGGGACGUGUAUGGUACAUUGGGAUAGUUUCCAUCCAUUAUCCUCCCUCCCCAUGCGAGGUAGCAGUAGGUAAUUUACAAAGUCA